GAAAUGAAUUUAUCAUUUCGACUAAAAUCGGGUCUAUUCAUUUUAAUAAAUUAUAUAAUAUUGUCAACAUUAUUUUGUAAUGUAAAAACAACAUUAUUUUGUGAUGAAAACUUUCCUGGUGAUUUAAGACAAUUUUGUGAAAAAAUGGAAGCUGGAAAGAAUAAUACUCGAUGCCGCAAGGAUCAAGGGACCUACCUGACGAUAGAAAAGAAUUGCGAUGUGUAACGUUAAGCUGUUUUUGCCCUGCACUUAAUG